AUGCCGGGUGUCAAGGAGAUGAGCUCAUCUGUGGGUUCGCCUGAAACGCUCCUCAGGUCCCACAAACCACUUCCGAGGGGUAUCAUGGUGUCAAACGUCGACGUCGCCCAACCGGUCUCUCCGGAUAUAAAUGGAUAUGUCGCUGCCCCGGCUCCUCCGUUAACACCACCUGGCGCAAGGCGGGAUGAAGUCUCGGAUAAACUGACAUACGAGAUAAAUGAGUUGAUUUUGACGCCUCGAAGGCCCUCCAUACCCCCCACGCCGGAUGUCACACCUCCCCGCACGACCUCCUUGAAACAACCGCCUGCAAACCACUUAUUAAAUCUCUCUUCAUCGCCUCGAGCCGACUCAUUUCAGACCGCAUGCGAAAACAUCUCUGAUGGCGAUAUGAAUACUCCGGUGCGAUCGUGCGGGAAAGGGUCGCAUAAAACUAGGCAACGAGGGUCUUCAUGUCAUCAGAGCCCAGUUGGUGCCGAACUCACGUAUUCCAAAGACUUGAAUCUAUCGGCCUCUAAUCUGCGCAGCGAGUCGGGUUAUGAAACUGGAUUUGAAUCGUUCGACGGCGAGUGGGCGGCGACACCGACACCUGCUGGAAAACUAAAAUCCUCGGUGGGCGGGACGAGAGACCAAACAGUAGGCCAGGACAGAAGCAUGCUGGACGUGCGGAAACUGGAGGCCUCGUUAAUACAGGAAAAGUCUCUUCGGGAUCGGGUCCACAACACUCACCAGUUGCAUGCCAGUCCAUCCCUGGAACACUUUCGCAAAGACAUUGGCUGGCCAUCGGACAAUAGUCCUGUCCAUGGAGAAAAACCAGUAUCACGGCGUCAUUCUGUCAUUUCCUCGACAUCGACCAUUGAGGCUAUGAUUAUUGACUCUCCGAAGCGCGCCCAGAGAUUGCUGCGACAUACAGAGAAGAGAAGCUCAUUACGAUCUGUUAGCUCUCCCAUGACUGGAUCCGAGCCUACAUCCACAACAUCCAAUCCGGAUUAUCAGCGUCGCCUGACCCACAAGGCUGGUCGCAUAUCGGAACAAGAUCGUCGAAGCAUUUCUUCUGAUGUCGCCUUCGCUGCAGAGACGGCUGCCAAUGCGACACACCCCUUGGUUGAUGUUAUACCUGUGGUAGUUAUACCUGAAAGACGAUCAUCUCUCAAAGGGGUACCCGAUAGUAAUGAACCAUCUCGAUCUGGUUCCAAGCGGUCCUCUCGACGUCCUCCCGAUACAUCAAUAGUUCCAAGACAUCGGAUUAGAACCGUGUCUGAAUCUAUUUCUGCACCACCUAAAGGCAGAGAAUCAAUGGAAUCUAGCAGAGGACGUGCAUCGACCGGACCUGCCAUUCCAACUCGUAGUUCAUCGCUUUCUGCGCGGACGAGUCGAAACAAUUCUCGCGCAACAUCGCUCACAUCAGAGAGUCUACGAAGUCACACACUGGCCAUGGAUAUGCAAAUGCAGAAACUCCACGAUCAGCAGCGUGUGUCUCCGCUUCGCAUCGAUGCCGUGCGCGCUAACAAACCACACGGUCAUGGUCUGUUGGGACCUCCCAAUUUGCCUGCCCUGAUCAAUCACGAUGGUGGGAAUGGGUCAAACCUACGGCCACCAUCAUUUCCACAGUGUUCGAUUCCGUCAUCUUCUCCUGGUCUCAUUGAAAUUCGAGAAGCAACUGCGGUCAGUCUGACCACUCACAAUAAUCGAUCGCUUCUCCUGGUUGAUCAAGGCAUGCCUGUAACCGAGACACGUACGCUCCAGGCCUUUUUCGUUGAGCCGGAGAUCAGCGAUCGUCCAGUCAACGCUCAUACUCCAGAUAACCCUAUUCAGUGUGCGACCGUACCUGUAGUAGAGUCUCCACUGAAGAACCCUCGACCACCACCCAACCCUCUAGUCUCCCAACCUCUCUCACAAUUUUCAAUGGAGACUGUCAGUGCAGCGGCCAGUAAAGAUAAUCUCGGUUUCCCAGCUCGUCGGUGGAGCUCGAUUCGCCGCCCCUGGGCUGCACGGACCCGUUCGGAUUCGUUCCAAUCUGUUGCCAAGUCUUUAUCGGUGAAAUCGGCGAGAAAUCGCACGGCAGGAAUGGAGAUGGACAGUCGGCUUUAUCCAUUCUGGCGCCCGCGAGGGUUCUGGGAGGACGUUCCUAACGGAUCGCCAAAGAAGAGCGACUCAUCUCGACAGAGCCUUAACAGCCCUGGCGAUUCAACAGAUGUCAGUAAUCGCCUAGUACUUCCACAAAGCCAGCUUGUAUUUGAUGGCCUGCCAUCAGUGGCUCGUCACAACUCUCCAAUUCAGCGAGGUUUUUAUGGAAGAAGGUACUAUAAUGCUGCUAGCAAGAACAGUCUCAUAGAUCGAGGCUUCCUCAGUACUACCUCCCCACUAUACCAGCACCCCUCCUACCCAACAAUUUCUCGAUGGAGAACCUACCUUCGCUCAAUAUCGCUGCGUAAUGUGCGGAAUCGUUUGCGCCGCAUACGCUACAAACGUCUGGAGAGGAAAAGAGGAAUGCAACGGGAGACUCUUAAGCAAAGCAUCAGUAGCCCUUUCUACGUGGCAUCUGGACCAGCAUUCAAUACAUCAUCCUGGUGA